AUGGCGGCCGCGGCGGCCGAGCGGCUCUUCUCUUUGGAGCUGCUCGUGGACUGGGUGCGCCUGGAGGCCGGGCCGCCGCCGUCGCCGCGAGCCCCGAACCCCGGCCUGGCCUUCCGCUUGCUGGACUUCCCUCCACUGCUGGUCCGGCCCCCGGCUGCGCCCGCCCCGGCGUCCCUGCACGGCGCCAUCAGCUUCGGGCGCGGCAAGGCCUGCCUGUUCCGCCUGCGCCCCGCCGCCCUGCGCCGCCCGCUGCUGCGCGCCGCCCUGCUGCAGCUGCCGCCCGCGCCGCGGCUGCUGGGGACCUGCGACAUCCCGCUGGCCGCCGUCGCCCAGGGCCGGCGGGACACGUUCGCUCUGCGCGACCCGGCGGGCCAGCGCGUUGGGGUCGUGGCGCUGUUCCACCGCCUGACCGACCUUGGGGACCGCCCGGCCGCCACGCUGGGCCCCGCGCGGGGGGACCCCGGUUCCCGCGCCCUGGAUGCCCUGGAGCCCCGCCCCCGCGAUGCGGGGACGCCCGCAGCCGUACAGAGGGAUCCGGAAGAAGCACUUUCCCGCAGUAAGGCCCACUCCCAGGACGCGAGUUCUUCCCAGGACCCCAGAACCGACCCUGAUGCCGCGGGUUCGGCAUCCAGCAGGGACAGGAGUGUCAGCCCCCUCCAUCCUGAGGUUGCAGAGUGGGACUUUGCAGCCAACACGUUCUGCCCUCCUCCUCUGUAUUACACUAACUGGACCCAAGAAAAGACGCCGCCUCCUGCACGGGUUGAAAUCACCAUUGAACCUCAUAGAAAUGUUCCUGAGGAACUGGAUGGUGUUAUUCCCGAAACAAAACUUGUAAAUCCUCCAACACAUCCGAGUCUUCCAAAGCAUGAAAAUUCUGCAACACAGGAGAGACCUCCAAAGCUUGCAAAUCCUCCACAUAUUCAGGAUGUAGGAGCAGUUAAUCAGACCCCGGGCCACCCUCAAACUGAACAAAACAUGAUCAACACAAUAAGGCAGCUGCCUUUGUUAAAUGCUUUGUUAAUUGAGUUGUCCUUGUUAUACAACCAACCUGUGGCAAGCCCUACUCAUGUACACCCUCACUUAGCCUGGUUGUACAGAACUGAGGAUAAGGCACAAGAAUCUUCCACCAAAUCCACGUGUCAGUCUGGCUCUAAGAGGGAUGAGCGUUCUGUGGGAGAACAUGAAAAAACAGUGAGUUCUCAGUAUGCAAAGAGCCAAGUUGAAAACCUUAAGAAAGGUGAAUACUUUGAAAAGAACAAUGGUGGUCCCCCCAAAAAAGUUGCAAAGGGGAGGCUACUUUAUGGCUUAACAAAUACACUAAGACUACGUUUAAAGCAAACAAAUCCUGAUAUGUUGAUAGUACAUGAAAAGAGAGAACAGUACAGAAAAAUGAAAGCACACAUGUUGGGGACAAAAUUCAGGAUUUCCAUCAUGCAAAGGCAAAGUGUUAAGCUUUGCAGAACCCGUUCAGAAGUCUUAUAAAUUGCCUGCAGGUAAGCAUUUAGAUUCAGAUGGGUUGUUUGCUGAAAAUAGUGGUACCUCAUGGCCAGUUAGUGGAAUUUCUGGUGAGCCCAGUACAACUAAAACAAAAAUGAAAUG